AUGAUCCCUUUGCUCACUGGAAAAACUAGGCACAGAUGGAUGCACUUCUUUGUGGCAAUGGCAAUUGCGACUCUCAGCUCUGAUGCCAUCCUUCAUAUAAUUCCUCAGCUUUGUGGUGGACACAGUCAUGAUCAUACAAUCGACAACCACUACAAUACUACUGACACGGGCGUCAACACUCCACAGGUACCCUUCACAUAA